AUGUUACACCACCACUGUCGAAGGAACCCUGAACUACAGGAAGAAUUGCAGAUUCAGGCAGCAGUGGCUGCUGGGGAUGUUCACACAGUACGAAAGAUGUUAGAACAGGGCUAUUCUCCAAAUGGCAGAGAUGCUAAUGGGUGGACCCUGCUUCAUUUCUCUGCAGCAAGAGGAAAGGAAAGAUGUGUCCGAGUAUUUCUUGAACAUGGAGCUGAUCCCACAGUUAAGGACUUAAUUGGAGGCUUCACUGCUCUUCAUUAUGCAGCCAUGCAUGGUCGAGCCCGGAUUGCACGCUUGAUGUUAGAAUCUGAAUACAGAAGUGACAUUAUCAAUGCAAAAAGCAAUGAUGGUUGGACUCCCCUCCAUGUAGCUGCUCACUAUGGUAGGGACUCAUUUGUCAGACUACUGCUAGAGUUCAAGGCUGAGGUCGAUCCACUGAGUGAUAAAGGUACAACACCGCUUCAGCUAGCCAUUAUCCGAGAGAGGUCAAGCUGUGUGAAAAUCCUUCUGGAUCACAAUGCCAAUAUCGACAUUCAAAAUGGUUUCCUGUUACGAUACGCUGUGAUCAAAAGCAAUCACUCAUAUUGCCGAAUGUUCCUUCAAAGAGGGGCAGACACAAACUUGGGUCGCUUAGAAGAUGGACAGACACCAUUACACUUGUCUGCCCUUAGGGAUGAUGUGCUUUGUGCCCGAAUGUUAUAUAAUUAUGGAGCAGACACUAACACAAGGAACUAUGAAGGACAGACCCCAUUGGCUGUUUCAAUAAGUAUUUCUGGAAAUAGUCGACCCUGUUUGGAUUUCUUACAAGAAGUAACAAGGCAGCCCAGAAACUUGCAGGACCUGUGCCGAAUUAAAAUUCGCCAAUGUAUAGGCCUUCAAAACCUAAAACUACUUGAUGAACUACCAAUUGCCAAGGUCAUGAAAGACUACUUAAAACACAAAUUUGAUGAUAUCUGAUAUCAAUGGGACAUCAUGAGCAAGAUUAGGAGAUAUAUACCAGAUACUUAAAAGGCUUGUUGCCUUGCACAAAGUAUAUCCUAUGCAAUUUCUGAUUUGCUGUGAAGUCAGAAGGCAGGUAUACACUUUCGGGUUUUUUGUUUGUUUUUCACUGUA